GCGUUUGUAAGAGGAGCACUUCAGCUGGAGUGCUGGGUGGGGUGUUGGGCACCACAGCAUAAGAAAGGCAUUGAGCUGUUAGCGUCYAAAGGAGGCCAAGAGGAUGGGGAAGGUCUGCAGGCCGAAGGUCUGAGGAGCAGCUGAGGGCACUUGGUUUGUGCAGCCUGGAGAAGAAGGGACUGAGGAGAGGCCUCAUCAGGGUCUUCAGAAUCCUCACGAGGGAAAGUGGURCCUGUCUCAUCCCUUUCAUGAGCCGUGACAGGGCCUGAGGGAAUGACCUGAAGGGUGGGAGACAAAGGAGAACUGGACUUCGUGCUGAAUGGAUGGUUGUGAGAAGCUGGUACUAUUCAGUGAUUCAUGAGCAGCUUGCAGACAUCAGGAGUAAAGGUUGAAACGAGAGAAGAUGAGGAACAAAACAUCAAGCUGACUGAAAUUUUGGAACUAUUGGUGGCUGCUGGGUAUUUUCGAGCAAGAAUCAAGGGGUUAUCACCCUUUGACAAGGUGGUGGGAGGCAUGACGUGGUGUAUCACUACCUGCAGCUUUGAUAUCGACGUGGAUUUAUUAUUUCAGGAAAACUCUACUAUUGGUCAAAAAAUUGCCUUAACUGAAAAAAUCGUGUCAGUAUUACCAAAAAUGAAGUGUCCUCAUCGUUUGGAACCACAUCAGAUCCAGGGACUGGAUUUCAUUCAUAUAUUUCCUGUUGUACAGUGGCUGGUGAAACGUGCGAUAGAAACAAGGGAAGAAAUGGGAGAUUAUGUCCGUUCUUACUCUAUAUCACAGUUUCAAAAAACUCACAGACUUCCAGAGGAUGAUGAAUUCAUGCAAAGAAAAGAGAAGGCAAUCAAAACUGUUACUGAUAUCUUUGAGGUUUACAAACCCCAGAGAAAAUACAAACGUCAAACAGGAGCUGAGGAACUGCUGGAUGAGGAAUCAAAAGUUCAUGCUACRCUUCUGGAAUAUGGCAGGCGAUACGGAUUUAGCAGACAAGCAGGGAAAACAGAACAGGCUGAAGAUAAAAAACCAGUGCUACCUCCAGGGCUUGCAACAGCAGGGAAAGCUGAGCCUUGUGAUGAAGAUGACCUUCAGGCUGCUGAAGAGCUUCGCAUUAAAACUCUGAUGACUGGAAUGGCUGCAAUGGCAACAGAAGAGGGCAAACUGACAGCAAGCACAGUUGGCCAGAUUGUUGGACUCCAGUCAGAUGAGAUCAAGCAAAUCGUGUCUGAAUAUGCUGAAAAGCAAUCUGAGCUCUCUGCUGAGGAGCGACCAGAAAGGCUUGGAGCUGCCCAGCAACACCGAAGGAAGGUGGCAUCUCUGAACAAGCAGAUUUUGCAAAAAACCAACCUCCUUGAAGAGUUGCAAGCUAAAUGUGCUGAUCUGCAGGCAAAAUGUGCUGAAGCAAAAAAGACAUUAACAGAGGUUAAGAGUUACAGUGAAAAGCUGGACAAGGAAUUGGCAGCCUUAGAAACAAUAGAAUCCCAAGCAGAUUCUAGCAUAUUACAGAGUCUGCGAGCACUGGUGGCCAUGAAUGAAAACUUAAAAAGCCAGGAGCAAGAGUUCAAAGCACAUUGUAGGGAAGAAAUGGAGAGACUACAACAAAAUAUUGAGAAUUUGAAAGCUGAAGCAGCAGAAAAUGGRGAGGAACAGGAGCCAAAUAAGAUAAUAGAGCAGCAGUACAAAGCUGAGAAAGAGAAACUUCAAAAGAUCCGCCUGCUACUGGCACGAAGAAACAGAGAAAUAGCCAUUUUACAACGCAAGAUUGAUGAAGUACCCAGCCGAGCUGAGCUCACACAGUAUCAGAAGAGAUUUAUUGAACUUUACAGUCAGGUCUCAGCAACUCACAAAGAAACGAAGCAGUUUUUUACUCUUUAUAAUACACUGGAUGAUAAGAAAGUAUAUUUGGAAAAGGAGGUUAACUUACUGAAUUCUAUUCAUGACAACUUCCACCAAGCCAUGGCAUCGUCCGGAUCACGGGAGCAGUUUUUGCGGCAGAUGGAGCAGAUUGUAGAAGGCAUCAAACAGAAUCGAAUGAAGAUGGAAAAGAAGAAGCAAGAAAACAAAAUGAGAAGAGACCAGUUGAAUGAUGAAUACUURGAGCUUCUAGAGAAACAGAGGCUUUACUUCAAAACAGUGAAAGAAUUUAAAGAGGAAUGCCGUAAGAACGAAAUGCUGCUGUCCAAGCUGAAAGCCAGUUCUUCCUGAAGAACUCCAGCUGGGGAAAUUUAUARAAGAUUGUUCAGUCCAUUGAAUCUCUUUUGUGAGGUGACAGCUAUAACUGCAAUGUAGAUGUAUAUAUAUAGAUAUAUAUAAAAAAUAUAUAUACACGCAGCUGUAAAAGUCUGUUUUUUCCAGUAUGUGUUCAGUUUACAUUCCCUCAUCACAUGGCUGUAUUAUUCAUUAUUGCCUCCACUACACAGUAAAGAGUUAACACAGUACAGCAAAAUAGAAAUUAUGUCUAAUUUUAUUUAUUUGGGUUUGGGUUUUCUUUUUCCACAUUAUGGACAGUGGGUAGUUCUUUUAUUUGGGUUUUAACACAGAAUUAGGUGAGGAUUCUGGAAUAAGUUUACAUGUACUGUGUAGUAUGUCCACCACCCCACAGAAUGAGCACUGCAGAAUGCAGUAGCUCAUUAAUUUUGGCCCAAGAAACUCCUCAGAAUAAGAUUCUUCAAACUCUCUUUACUGGCAAAUAACUUCACAUUAUUUUAAUUUACACUCUAGCCAUAGGUAGGAUUCCAAAGGAUAACAAUUUCUAAUGGUUAAGAAAAUUAACUUACCUUGGAUAAUUCCUGGUGUAAAAUUAUAGAUCUAUAUUUUUAUAAAGUCUAGCUGUUGUAUAAAUUUCUUUGAAAUUUCAUUUUUAUAUAUAGAGAGUGUGCUUGUUAAAUUAAUAGCUCCAGGAAAAAAACACCUUAAUACUUAGGAACAUCAUGUUAUCCCUGGCUGGGAUGAAAAUCAAA